GCUUGGCCGAGCUCGCUCGCUCCCGACCUCCCAGCCAACCUUCUCGCAACAUCCGCCGCGACUCGGCACUCGAGCUCCGAGCUCAAUGUCGCCCCACACAGCUUUCCAGCUAGCUGUGCGUCCGUCAUUACGAGGAGCGGCAUUACUUUUCGAACGGUUCGUGGCGGGGCAAUUUGUGGGCUCGACGACGACAACUGCGACGACCUUGACCUUGACGACCGCACCUUCGAGAAAAGGCCUCGCCAGCCUCUCCCUCCCGAGCAGCAGCAGACGAGGCCAGCCCCAAAUACAUACGCCGCAAGCGAUAUGUCUCCGCUGUAGCAUAAAGGCUCUCCGCAGCCCCUCUUUCUCGACUCUCCCGCCGUCCAAACCACCCGGCGAACACCAUGGCAGCCCCCCGCCGUCCUCCAACGAGACGACGUCAUCAUCCCCUGUCGUAGAGGACAAGGACGACGACGGGCGGCGCCCCGCAGCAGCCCAGACCGAGAUCGAAGCCGAGACGACGGACAGCAACCUAGCUGCUGCUCCCGAUGCCGCCCCCCACAAAUACGAACCCGAGCUCCCGUCCCACGCCGAAGGGCAGCGGUCACACUUGUCAGCGCAGAUCAGCAGCUUCAUGGACAACCUGCAGACACGGUUCCUUAACGCGUCGCAGAAGCUCAACGACCUGACGGGCUACUCGGCCAUCGAGGGCAUCAAGGAGCGCAACGUGCGGCUCGAGGAGGGGCUGGCGGCGGCGCAGGCGCGGCUGCGCGCCGCGCGCCACAGCUACAAGGCGCUGACGGCGCACCGCGCGGGCACGCAGCGCGAGGUGACGACGCUGCUCGCGCGCAAGGACACGUGGAACCCGUCGGACCUGGAGCGCUUCACGACGCUGUACCGGCUGGACCACGAGCUCGAGGCGCAGGUGGCGGGCGCGGCGGCGGAGCUGACCGAGGCCGAGACGGACGAGGCCAAGCUGGGCGCGGACCUCAACGCGGGCAUCCUCAAGCGCUACCACGAGGAGCAGAUCUGGAGCGACCGCAUCCGCCGCCAGUCGACCUGGGGCACCUGGGGCCUGAUGGGCGUCAACGUGCUGCUGUUCCUCGUCAUCCAGUUCUUCGCCGAGCCCUGGCGCCGCCGCCGCCUCAUGAAGAGCAUCGCCGACAGCGAGAAGAACGUCAUGGACGAGGUCCGCCAAGAGCUCGGCGAGGUCCGCGCCGCCCUCGAGGCCAGCGGUCUGCGCCAGGCCGCCGCCAGGGACCGGCGUGAGAAGGACGACAAGGCCGCAGAGGCCGCCAUGGUGUCCGCUACCUCAGCAGCGGUAGCAGCAGCUAGGCCCGGCAAGACAUUUACGCCCACAGUGGAGGAGCUGGCACGCAAGGAGCCGCCUGCGCCGCCGGCCCAGCGGCCGUGGACAGAGACGCUCUCGGAUCCGGAGCUGCUCAAAGCGGCCGUGGCGGACGUGUACAGCGAGCGGAGGAUAGACAUGCGGAUGCGGGACGUGUCGCUAGUUGCGCUGGAGGGCGCCGUGGCCGGGGCCAGCGUGGUGGCGGCGGCGCUGGUCUUUAUCUUGUUGCGCAGCGGCAGCAGCAGCCGGACGUGAUGAAGACAUUUUGCUCAUCUCAAUCCUUAUAGAACCCUCCCCUCGCGGUCGAAACAGCCAAGCGUCUUCCAAAUAAGUAUCUACAUGUAUAUAUGUGUACUUUGCUCAUGUACCUACCUGCGUCUUAAAAAGAAAAAUAAACAGCUGUUAAAAGUUAAACACAGAACGAUUGAUCGGUGAAGUGCAAAGGCGAGGUAAGGGGAUAGAAAUGUGGACAGGAAAAUAAAUUAGCAG